AUAAAUGAUAUGUCUGAAUACAGGCAUUUACGGAGGCCACGCUAUGUUUCUUCUACAACGACAGACUACCCACAAUCGCAGCUUGAAGCAAAAAUUGUAAUCCUUGGUACACAGCGAGUUGGAAAGACUUCGUUAGUUGAAAGAUACACGAAUGGCGUAUUCAGUUCAAAUUGUACUGCAUCAACUAUCGGUGCAUCAUUCUUAACAAAACGCAUGUCCGUAGAUAAAACAAGAGUUAGGUUGCAGAUUUGGGAUACUGCAGGACAGGAACGCUUUCGUAGUAUGACACCGAUUUACUACCGUGGCGCACAUGCAGCUAUCAUCGUAUACGACAUCACAAACUACGACAGCUUUCUACAAGUACAAAGCUGGUUGAAAGAGUUAAUUGAGAAUCUAAACCAAAACAUUUUAAUAGCAGUCGUAGGAUCUAAGUCAGAUUUAUCCCCCUCUUAUCGUAAAGUUGACUUCAGUCACGCCAAGGAAAAGAUAAAGGAAUGGACCUGUGAUUAUUGCCAAAAUUUCGUUGAAUUCAUUAAAGACGACUUAACUCAACAGUCCCAACCAGCCCAAUCUCCGCAAUCACCCCCGAAUGUACAACGUUCACGCUCGAGAAGCACGUCAUCAUCCAUAAUCAGAUCAUUCUCAGACAAUAGCAACACAUUCGACACAACGGACAAUUCAGAUUUUCAGGGUGCGUCCCUUAUCGAUGAGGUCACUCUGGUGGAAGUCAGCGCCAAGGAUGACAGCGGUAUCAACGACUUGUUUUUAUAUAUCACUCGCAAAUUACUCGAGUCUAAGGUGCGUAUCACGAAAGAGCAAGCAACGAGACAUCGAGAGUCAAUCUUUUUAACUUCGUCAAUGGGUGAUGGGAGCGUAAUGUCAGACAGCAAUCUCGGACAAUCUUCCACAUCUAUGUCAAGAGCACCUUCAAGCAACAACAGCUGGUCAUGUUGUUAGAUAUCCUUAUGAAUAUACCCCUACUCUUGUAUCUAAACAAUAACUUGUAUGAUUUCUACACCAUAUUUACAAUAUUUCACUCUUCUUCUUAUCAAUAAGCUUCUUCCGAGCCUCCAAUAUCAUUUUCGCUUUGCGGUCUUUGAAUGCUUUCUCUCUUUCUGUUGUAGUGUUACCCCAACUAGCGGAUGGAUUUAUAGCGGUGCUUUCUUUAUCCUUAAGGUGGUACUUUUCUAUUAAAUUGCUAGCAUCCUUACCUGUUGCAGCACGUGAAGCCGUUAAUGUUUCUGUAAGUGGUUCUACAUCUAAAUGUGAAGGAAGUGUGAAUCCACUUGGUGGCU